CCUGUAGGCCGGAAGUGGUGCUGAGAUCCAGUACAGAGAGCUGAGGCUCUCUGUACGAUCUCUAUGGUCAUGGCGGAGGGAAAGAAGAUCGGUAAUGCUCUCCUCCCCAGUGAAUCCAUGAAGGUAAUUGCAGAGUCCAUGGGAGUGUCGUCAAUUUCAGAGGAGACUUGUCAGCUUCUCACACAGGAAGUCAGCUUCAGGAUCAAGGAGGUUACUCAGGAUGCUCUGAAGUUCAUGCAUGUUGGAAAGCGACAGAAACUCACUCCCAACGACAUAGAUUCUGCCCUGAAAUUGAAAAACGUUGAGCCUAUAUAUGGUUUUCACGCUAAGGAGUUUCUGCCAUUUCGAUACGCUAGUGGAGGUGGACGGGAACUUCAUUUCUAUGAAGAGAAGGAAGUUGAUCUCAGUGAUAUCAUCAGCACCCCAUUACCACGUGUACCUCUCGAUGUCUCUCUGAAAGCUCAUUGGUUAAGCAUUGAAGGUGUUCAACCAGCUAUACCGGAAAACCCUCCACCAGUUCCCAAGGAGCAGCAGAAGGUAGAAGCCACAGAACCCCUGAAGGUCGUGAAGCCUGGACAGGAGGAGGGUGGUAUAAAGGGAAAAGGUCAAGGUGCAAACGCAGUGGAGGGCAAAGGAAAGGAUAAAAAGUCCAACAUUCUGGAAGGAGCACCACUGAAACUGAAGCCUCGCAGCAUCCACGAGUUAUCUGUGGAACAGCAGCUGUAUUAUAAGGAAAUUACGGAAGCUUGUGUUGGGUCCUGUGAAGCGAAAAGAGCGGAAGCAUUGCAGAGCAUCGCAACUGACCCUGGCUUGUACCAAAUGCUGCCACGAUUUAGCACGUUUAUAUCUGAAGGGGUGCGUGUAAAUGUUGUCCAGAAUAACUUGGCUCUUCUCAUUUAUCUCAUGCGGAUGGUGAAAGCUCUGAUGGACAACCCCACCCUCUACUUGGAGAAAUACCUGCAUGAGCUAAUUCCAGCGGUCAUGACUUGUAUUGUGAGUCGACAGCUGUGCCUUCGCCCAGACGUGGACAAUCACUGGGCCUUGAGGGACUUUGCAGCGCGACUAAUAGCACAGAUUUGUAAAAACUUCAGCACCACCACUAACAACAUCCAGUCCAGGAUAACCAAGACAUUCACUAAGAGCUGGGUAGAUGACCGCACUCCUUGGACCACGCGUUAUGGAUCCAUUGCAGGCCUCGCUGAGCUUGGACCAGAUGUAGUGAAAACGCUGAUUGUGCCGCGGUUGUUAUUGGAAGGAGAGCGACUCCGUGCAGUGUUGGAGGGACCGGUGAUAUCCAACAUUGAUAAGAUUGGAGCGGACCACGUUCAAAGCUUGCUGCUGAAACACUGUGCCCCUGUUCUGGUGAAACUUCGCACCCCUCCAGAUUCUCCAGAGACAUAUCGCACAGAUUAUGGGUUCCUGGGGCCCACUCUCUGCACUCAUGUGAUGAAAGCAAGAGCUCAGAGUGCAUUCCAGGGGCCACAGGUUAAUAGGACCACACUGACUGUCACACAGCCUCGGCCCACAAUUACCCUUUCCCAGCCUUCUUCAGGUGCCAUUACUCCCUCAACUCGCCCCUCGGGUAUCAUAAAGGUGCCCGGCUCCCUGACUCUGCCAGUCCAGACCUUGGUGAGCGCUCGUCCAGCAACGCCAACACAGCCUUCCCCUCCACCUACAAAAUACAUUGUGGUUUCAUCAGCUGGAAGUACUGGGACCCAGGUGUUCACCCCAUCCAGCGGUUCUGCUACCUCUGCUUCCUGCCCCCCAGGAGUUCAACCAAUUGUGAAGCUUGUUUCAGGAGGUCAGAGUUCUGGUGUGGGUAGCACUGCAGCAGGAGGAACAGCCGGCAUGCAGAAAUAUAUUGUCGUUUCACUACCACCUGCUGGAGAAAGCAAGACACCGCAGCCAUCUCCCCCGCCGACUACAGAGAGCUCUUGUUUAUGACAGAUAGCCUUAUAGUUUGUGUGUCUCUGCGUGUAGCCCUAGGGUUUGUUCAGCUCUGUUGUAUGUGUGUGUUUAUCCCUGGGUUGUGUAUGUCUGUGGAUGUAGGCCUUGGUUGUCUGAGUGUGUGUGUGUGUGUGUUUGUGUACAGAUGUAUGGCUGAGCUGCGUGAUUGUGUGUACUGUGCCUCCAUGUGUGCAAGGGAUAUGGAUGUAGACUGCAAAACUGUGUGUUUCUACUCUUGCAGUACAUGUUUAUUUUGUGUAAAGAAAAAUCCUUUUGCUAAUAAAUAACAAAUAACAUUUU